AUGCCUGCAGGUAUCGAGGUGCCGAUGUUCGAUCUCCACCACCACACCAACCCACCCGACUCCUCAACCAUAGCUCCCCUCCACCCCUACAUCCCUGCUGUGGACUACUUCCUCAGCGGCAUCUGCUUCCUAUGUGUCCUACUGGGACUCCCAGCCAACAUAUCCACCCUCAUCUACUUUAUCCGACAGAAGAAGGACCUCCCCACCAGACUCUACCUCGUUCUAUCCCUGGUGGAUAUCCUAACCUGCUUCACUCUCAUCCCCACAGGCAUCAGCUUCGCAAUGGACCGGGAACCAGCUCUCUUCGGUAACGACCUCUUCUGUCAGCUGUGGGGCAUAGUAUGGGUCAUAGUUCCCUUCCUGUCAGUGUACCUGGUCUGUGUGUUGAGCAUCUCCAGGACCAUAACCCUCCUCAACCCUCUGGGAGUGGUCAGUAAGGACGCAGUCACGUGGUCAAUUGGUCUCUACACCUGUUAUCUGUUCCUGAGGAUAAUGGUCCCGAUAGUGAACGACAGUGCCCAUUUCAUCUACUCUAAGUCUGAUGUUUACUGCUGGGAAGGAAGUCAGGCUAAUUGGUAUAUGUACUAUGAUCUGGCUACAGGAGUACUACAGCUGGCAGCCCCUAUCCUGCCCAUUUGUAUAAGCUGCAUCCUCUCAUCAGUCUCCAUCGCACGAUCCAUCAAACUAACCCACAACAACAGAUCCGUCAACAACCUCAAGUUGGAAGCGACCAUCACAAUCCUGCUGGUAACAGCCGUCUACAUCGCCUGUAACAUCCCCGUGUUUGUGUUCUGGACUAUCUACAUAGCGGACGGGUUCACCGUUCCUAGAGACAGUCAGUUUCUGUACUGGCACAGUUGGGGGCUCUCCUACGUGGUGUUGGUGGGGUGCAAUGCUGCUCUCAACCCAAUCGUCAUGAUGUGCAGGAUGAGGAGACUGAGGCAGUGUUUCAAGGGUCGGCGAGGGGGAGCUAUGAGACUCAGACCCUUGAGAUCCAAGAGCACGUCGUGUCGUGAUCCUUAUAUUAUCCCUGCUGGUCAGGGUGCAACAUGUCAGGUCUAUCAGUUAUCCCCUGAUUCUCACCCCAGUUCCUCAGAUCUUGUAUAA